CUGGACCUUAUAAUUCAUCAAAUGAGGAAUUGACAGAUGGUGAGUUCUAUCUGCCGUAAAAUUCUUUGGAUAUAAAUAUUAUGAAAAGAAGCAUUAAUGAAGUAUACAGAUACCUGAAAACGAAAAAAUGCACCCAUGGUACUGCAAUUCAGUUCAUUGAUGGGAUUUUACCAGUGAUUCUUGGGAUCAAAACGAGUUAUUUGGUGGAUUGUAUCAUUUUAGAUCAGUUGUUUAUUCAAUCUUUUCUUGAUUUUUUAAGUUAUCCUAGUGUUCGAGCUAUAUAUUUCUCAGAGCCUAUAAAUCAAACGUUCUUUAUAAACAUAGGCUGUUGGAAAGAAUACGUGAAAAGAAGAGAGUUAUGGCCUAUUGUCGUUAAUUUGCCCCAUAAAGUUCGAAAUGAGCAACUGGAACAACAUUUAACUUUGUAUGCUGAUACAUUGCUACACCUGAAGACAAAUCAGAACAUGAUUACAGUCCAAGUCCCUGAUUUUACAUGGAAUUUUAAAAACCCUCCAGUAGACUCAAACCUGGAAGAGGUAUGCUCAAUUACUGCAUUAACGGGAUGCUUAUUAAAUUAUGCGGCGACAUAUCACUUUCUUUCUAACCAUGAAUCCCAUGAAAAUGGGCUUUCAAAAGAGCCAUUAAAUAUUUAUAGGAUAGUAGCCGUUUUUGACAAGUGCAAUAUCUACUUAGCACCGUUUCUUCAGUUUUCAUGUCCCAUUAAAUUUGAGCAACAAACAGCAAUGAUUGUUGAGCAACUAACAUGUACUUAUCAAAAAAGAUGGAAUCGUUUAACAGUUAAAGAAAAAAGCAUCUGGAAAGAAUGGAUCAAGUUUCGAUUUCCGAAACAUGCUUUAGGAAAUGUUGAGAAUAUUUCAUGGAAAACACAUGUCGAGAUUCACACAGAGCCUUCUGUUGUACUUUAAACGUUUUACUAAGCUUUUCUUUUUAAUGCAUUUCAGAAGCCUUGAGUAUCAUGCCGUGAUUCAUCAUUGUCCAAUGUUUCUUAUAUGAAAGCCCAGAGAGAAAAAGCAUUAAUAUCAGUAAGUAAGACAUCAUUUUUGCCAUUGGAAAUCCCUUCUUUGCUUAAAAGUCUCUUCGACAAAUUCAAUGGUUUGAUUCAAUGCUUUCCUUGAAGACAGAAGGAAUGUUUUGGUUUCUGGGCAAAACAUGCUCCAGUUCUUAAGAAACUUAUAUAAAAUAUGUUUAAAACUGUAAGAAGCAAAACCAUGCCUAUUAUUUCUUGGAAUGCAUCGAAAGUUACUGUUGCCUUAAUAAGAAAACAUAAGUGUCAUCCAGAGGGAAUCAUCGACGGCGCUUUCAUUGUUUAUUCUUUCAAAUGAAUUUACUUGAUGGUUAAUUCAAUCCAUCUACGAUAUCCAACGGAAGAAGAAAGCAGUACUAUAUGGAAAAAAAUAGUGACAAAGCACGAAAUCAAUUCAUUACAACUCAUGGAUUUCUCUAACUGUUAUCUGAAAUUAUAAAAAUAAAAGUAGUUAGCUCCUGCUUUCAUAACAAAAGUUUAGGGUAUUCCUGUUAGUAUGCUCUGUUCGAAGGCCAGUAAAGCCAGCAAGGAACAUUUUGAAUAAAUAGUUUAAAAAGUGA